AACUGUGUUUUUUAUCUACAUAAACCCUCCAGCUAUAAGGCACAAGAGGACCAAAACUGCGUCAUGUUGAAGAACGGUAAAUGGAGGAAUGAAGCUGGGACGUCCCAACCGAAAUCAGAAGACCCCUUGACAAAUCUGGGGGUCCAGGCUGAUGAGGAUGUGAAGAUGAUGCUGCAGGGCUCUUCCAUGAUGAAGGUGCGAUCUCCACGCUGGCAGAGGAAGCGCAUGCUAAAGUUGCAGGAUGACGGAAUCACUGUCUGGUGUGAAUCCAACAAGAGCUCCAGCAAAGCCAAGUCUCAGCAGUCCUUUACUGUGACAGACGUGGAGUGUGUGCGGGAAGGCUGUCAAUCUGAGACAUUGAGAAACCUGGCCGGCUCCCUCCGAGAAGAGCAAUGUCUCACCAUUGUGUUCAAGGGAGGGAGGAAGAGCUUGGAUCUCCAGUGUGCCACUAAAGAGGAAGCACAGCGCUGGGUCCGUGGUAUUCGCACUCUGCAGGGUAGAGUCAACAACAUGACCCAGAAAGAGAAACUCGACCACUGGAUCAAUGCUUACCUGAAACAAGCUGACAUUAACCAAGACGGGAAGAUGUCUUAUGAAGAGGUGCAGACGCUUCUACAGAUGAUCAACAUAGACUUGAAUGAGGAGUAUGCUUCCAGCCUCUUCAAGAAGAGUGACAAGUCAGCAGAUGGACGACUCGAUAGUGAGGAGAUUGAGCUGUUCUGUCGUGAGCUGCUGCGUCGGCCUGAGCUGGACGCUAUGUUCCAUCAGUAUUCAGCAAACGGUUGCGUCCUGUCCACCGUGGAUUUACGGCAAUUCCUGAAAGACCAGGGCGAGGAUAACACACUCGUACAUGCACAGAGCCUCAUCUUCACCUAUGAGCUCAAUGAAUGGGCCCAAAAGAACCAGUUCAUGACCCCCAAUGGCUUCACUAUGUACAUGCUGUCUAAGGAGAAUAAUGUGUAUAACCCGGAUCACGGCAGAGUUUACCAGGACAUGAGCCAGCCACUCAGUCACUACUUUAUCUCCUCCUCACACAACACCUACCUCACUAAAGACCAGCUCAUGAGUGAGAGCAGCGCAGAGCCUUAUAUCAGGGCCCUUUGCCACGGCUGCCGCUGUGUGGAACUGGACUGCUGGGAUGGGGAUAAGGAGCCAAUUAUUUACCAUGGACACACUCUCACAACCAAGGUGCCAUUAAAGGAAGUGUUGGAGGCCAUUGCUGAAUAUGCCUUCAGGGCUUCUCCAUAUCCUCUUAUUUUGUCUCUGGAGAACCACUGCUCUGUGGAGCAACAGACAAUCCUGGCCCGGCAGCUGUGCUCCAUUCUAGGGGACAAACUGCUUACCAAACCUCUCAAUGACAAGCCACUUGAAUGCCUACCAUCACCAGAGGACCUAAAAGGAAAGAUCUUGCUAAAAGGAAAGAAAAAUAAAGUAGAGCAGGACACCUCUAGCUCUGACUCAAGCUCCUCAGAAGAUGAAUCUAAAGCUGAAAGUAAACCUAAAGCUCGUAAGGUUUCUAAGUUGAGUCCAGAGCUGUCUGAUCUGGUGGUGUACACCUGCAGUGUUUCCUUCAAAGGAUUUGAUCAAUUUGCCAAGAAACCUCCCAAUGAGAUGUCCUCUUUCUCUGAGAGUGAUGCAUUGAAACUUAUCAAAGAGUCAGGGAAGUUCUUUGUGCGUCACAACAGCAUGCAGUUGAGCAGAAUCUACCCAUCUGGUCAGCGGGUGCAAUCCUCCAACUACAACCCUCAAGACAUGUGGAACGCUGGCUGUCAGCUGGUGGCAUUGAACUUUCAAACUCACUGCGAAGAGAUGGAUCUAAACGGAGGUCGUUUUUUACCAAACGGACGUUGUGGCUACGUGCUAAAACCAAGCUUUAUGUGCCAGCCAAAUUCAGAGUUUAACCCUGAGAACACUGGUGGAGGGCCUGGCCACAACCCAACCCUGCUCAUCAUCAAGGUGAUAUCUGCCCAGCAGCUGCCUAAACCUGACAAAGAGAAGCUCAGCUCCAUUGUGGACCCCAUUGUAUGGGUUGAGACUUAUGGGGCUCCCAUAGACACCAAUAAAAAAAAGACACACCGCAUCGACAAUAAUGGCUUUAACCCCAGAUGGGACUGCACCUUCAAGUUCAUACUACAUGUCCCAGAGCUGGUUUUAGUGCGUUUUAAGGUCGAGGACCAUGACUACACCACAAAAAAUGACUUCCUGGGCCAGUUUACUCUUCCUUUCACAAGUAUGCGUACAGGUUAUAGACAUGUACGUCUGCUGAAGGCCGAUGGGUCAAGCAUGUCUCCCUCCAGUCUCUUCAUUCAUGUUAAAAUUACCCCCGGCUACAGCAGCCCGGCCAGACAAAAAGCCACACAUAAAGAAUAAAGCAUGCAGUUUAAGCACUUGUCUAGUGGCCUGUCUGGGAAGGCAGCACAGUUUUUGGCAAAUUUCAGAAU